CACGUGACCAUGCAAGCUCUGUAGCCCUCGCAUCUCGUGCGAGCUGCGUCACGAUAAUGUCUUUUCUUUUCUUGCUUGCAUUUUCAUCAUCUUUACUUGCAACAAAUUCUCAGAGUCCCAGGACUGAUGGUGGUAAUGUGAGCGCAACGACUGCUACUGUUUCGACCUUUUCGGUUUUUAGGCCUGGAGUAGAGCCAACGACCCGUUCUUGUCCGUGUACCAAGGGAAAUCGGGGUGCAAUAGGUGAGCCUGGUCAUGCUGGCCCACCUGGAGAACAGGGUCCACUAGGUCCUGAAGGUGUCCGAGGUCCAGUGGGUUCAUUUGGUGCACCUGGUGCGAUGGGUGCUAAAGGAACUCGAGGGGAUCCUGGAAGAGAUGGCAGUGAAGGUUCAAAGGGAGAAGUUGGUGACAAGGGUGAACGUGGCCAUAAAGGCGAUAAGGGAGCGAGAGGAUUUCCAGGCCUGCCAGGUCUAAAAGGUGAAAUUGGUGAAAAGGGGUCAAAAGGAUCUAUAGGAAUUCAGGGUUUACAAGGGCUAGAGGGAGUUCGUGGCCCAGUUGGUCCUCGUGGACAACGUGGACCUCCUGGGCAAAGAGGGUACACAGGGCUGGAAGGGCCAGUAGGCAUUCCUGGUCCCAAGGGUAGUUUAGGUGACAAAGGAUCGCAAGGAUUACAGGGUGUCAUUGGUUUAACUGGCAAGAAGGGUGAGGUUGGGCCAAUGGGACGAAAGGGCAACAAGGGAGAGAUUGGAUUGAAAGGUGACAAGGGAUUUCAAGGGGAGAAGGGUAUCAAAGGAGAUCAGGGUUGGAAAGGAGUUCAAGGCACUGUUGGGCCUGUAGGACCUAUUGGUCAGAAAGGCGAUCAAGGUGAACCUGGAUUGAAUGGAGUCCCUGUAAGUUAAUUGCACUAGCUGGUGUGUGUGUGUGUGUGUGUGUGUGUGUG